UUUCUUUUGGUCAAAUAUGAAAGAAGAUAUAUCCAGUCACAUUAAGAGCUGUAUCAAAUGUGCGCAAAGGAAGAAAAACCCUCAUGAAAUGACCGUACAACCUAUAGGAAGGUUCGAAAUCCCUGAUAAGCCUUUUUCCAGGAUCCAUAUGGAUAUCCUUGGUCCCCUGACAAGAAAAUCGCGAAAAAACGCAAAUGUCUUAACAAUCCAAGAUGCAUUUUCUAAAUGGUCAGUAGCCAUUCCUAUCCCCUCAAUUCAUAAAGAAGUAGUGAUCGACAGAUUCUUGAGAAACUUCGUCUUUAUUUUUGGACCACCGGGACGACUGAUCACCGACCGUGGAUCUAACUUUAUGUCGAAAGAUUUCAAAGAAAUGUGCGAAAAGCAAGGGAUAAGACAUGAGAGGACAAUUCCUCAUCAAAAGAACGCCAACGGACAAGUUGAAAGAUUGCAUAGAACAAUAGAAGAAGCGCUCACACACUAUGUUAACGAAGAACAAACCAAUUGGGAUAAUUAUCUUCCGAAAAUCAUUUAUUCACUGAAUACUUGUGUUAGUGCAACAACAGGAGUAUCACCAUACGUCACAUUGUUCGGAGCAGACGCUCGCAUGAGUCUAGACCGAGGGUUGGAAAAAGAGAAAGAAAUUAACACCUCCACAGGAAAAGAGGAAAACAUCAUAGAAAAGAAAGAAGAAAGAAAUAUUGAAAAAGAACAUCAAUUGCACCAACAUGUCAGAAACCAACUUAAAAUAAACCAGGAAAAGGUCGGAAUGAGAAAUAACAAGGGAAAAAGGACAAUGGAAAGGGAUAUAAAAGUAGGAGAUCUGGUUGUGACAGCAACCAUGAACCAGAAAUCUGGCAGCAAGCUGCGUCCAGCCUAUGAUGGACCGUUUCCGGUCACCAGGACCCAAGGGAACCUCGUAGAGGUUCGUGGAAGCGAUGGGAAAAGCCGCGAUGUCCAUAAGGACAACUUAAAACGUUUCUCCCGACCUCAGACAGCCGCAGAAAAGAAGCUGGAAGAAGAGAAGGAGUGGAACUACCACGCAGGAGA